AUGUCCGCAUCUUCUGUACAAACUAUGUCAUCCGGCAAGAAAUCCGACGGUGAACCACCAUCUUUAUCACUCAGUUUCAUUGAUGAUUUGAAUCCGUCCAAAGAUAUGUGGAAUCUCAAGUGUCGAAUCAUCUGGAAAUGGGUUCAGUCCUUUCGGAUGGAUCUGAUCUUGCUCGAUGAGAAGGGCCGUAAGAUUCAGGCAGGGAUUAAGGCUCCAUUGAUACCACAGUUUAUCUCACAGCUUCAUGAGGAUGACUUUAUUAACUUUUACCGGUGUACGGUUGUUACAAGUGUGAAUGCUUGGCAAGGUGUUGAUUACGGAUUUAAUUUCAUCGCACAUUCACACAUUGUUAAUGGAGAAGGAAAGGAUCUGCUCACGUGCGAUGUUGCUGGAAUUGUUGUCUGGGGAGAAGUAGUCCGUUGUACUUUGUGGAAUGCGUAUGCACAAGAAUUUAAUGAUUUUUUGUCUCAAAACUCUCCGAAUGAGACUGUGAUGGCUGUCAUUCAGCAUGCGAGGAUUAGGAAGUGGCAGGGUCAAUAUACUGUUCAGAGUGAUAAGUUUGGAAGUCGUCUAUUUCUCAACCAAGAAAUUGGUGAGAUUAAUGAUCGUCGCAGGAGUCUUUUAGUGAAACAAUUUGAAGCUGGUGCUUCUUCUUCUCAAACCAUUCUUUCAUCUCAGAGUGCAUUUAAUUUUGUUAAUGUUUUCUAUAUUUUAUCAAUUGAGCCUGUUAAUAAAGCUUUAUCCGUGAUAUCGUUCAAAGUACAUUUGACAGUUCAAGAUGAAACUGGCAGCGUUUCUUUUGUGAUGUUUGAUAAAGAUGCAAUGAAGCUUAUUGGUUCAACUGCGAAUGAUAUAAGGGAACGCCAAGUGAAGGUCGAUGAUACUGAAAGUUUUCCACAUGAAAUAUCACGUUUGGUCGAAAAGAAGUUGGCGUUUAAAAUUAAAAUUUCUGAUUACAACCUUAACCAUGACUACCACGUCUACAUUAUCCAAAAAGUAUGUGAUGAUCCGGACAUAAUCGCUGAAUUGGUUGCUGGUAAUGGAAAUGCUCUUGAGGUUGCUGAUGAGUUGUUUAGUCAAGAAGGUUCAGAAAUUAAAGUUGUUCAAUUAUCUGAAUCCUCACAGAUGGCCGGUACUGAUAUUUCAAAGGAUGUCAUAUCUGUUAUGGCCGACUCUUCCGUUGUCGAAGCCGAGAAGGAUUCGGCCACCAGUCCUAAUGGUAAACGUUCGUUGCAGGAUGUGGAAGGUCAAAAUGUUGGUGAACUCUCUUCUAACAACAAAAGGAACCGGAGGAAGCCAUCUAGGCUUAACCCUUAG